GCAUUUUGACUGAUGUGCAGAUGUUGCGGUACAGACGUAGAAGCAGGGUUUCUGUUCCUGUUUGCACUUGCAUUUCCUGAGUCCAGGGACAUAAUGGCGAGGUUUCUUCUGAGCACUCAGAUAAGGAAAUAUGUCGGUUCUCAAAUUAGAAAGGCAUCUGAUCAGCUUGGUGAGUUGGGCAGCGGUGCAGGGAAAGGUGGAGGUGGUGGAGGCUCCGUGAGGUCGGCAGGAGGAGCGUUCGGAAAGCGAGAAGCUACAGAGGAAGAGCGGUACUUCAGGCAGAGGGAGAGGGAGCAGCUGGAAGCGCUAAGGAAACAUCACGGAGAGGAGAUCGAGCACCACAAGAAGGAGAUUGAGCGCCUACAGAAGGAGAUUGACCGCCACAAGGGCAAAAUCAGAAAGCUCUCACAUGAUGAUUGAGGGAAAGAAAUGUGCUGUCAUUUCUCUUCUUUAGAGUGCAGCCACCUUAUAAAGACAAGUCACCGACAGUCUACUAAUGAUUUUUUGUUAGUUGAGGCAGGUCCUGAGUUCGUGAUGCAUCAUAUUGACAUGAUUUUGAGUGCUAAAGCAAUAAAGUGAUUCAUUUUCACGAAUUG